AUUGGCAUAUGAUGAAGAAUCUUUUUGGAAUUGUUGGUAGAUUUAUAGUGGGAUCAGGUAAGUAAAGUGCUUAAGUGGAUUAAAUUGUUGCUGUUUCUGAGUUCUCUACUAAAUAUUAUUGCAUCAUGUUCUCGAAGAAAAGACCGAGUAAAACAUGGUGUAAUAGAAGGGAAAAAGGGAUCAGUGUGGUGCUUUAGAAGCUUAAAGAUCAAAAAGUGAUUGUCACUUUCUGGGCUUCGAUUUAGGUCUGGAAAAUGUAUUGAAUGUUUUGUAUAAUCCGACAGUUGUGACUGGAAUUCUUGGUGUAUACAACGUGGAUCGUACAUUCCGAGCUUAUUUAUUAUUAUUUACAUCUUUGUUCGUAUUGCAAUUAGAAGAAUUUAUUGUCGAAAAUCCUUUUUAUCAUCCUGUGUUAGAAAACAUUUUGAAAAGUAUGAAUUCUACGUUGAAUAAUAUGUCAGCGUUUGUCAAAGACAAAAGUAAGCAACAGAUGAAUUACGAUGAAUUUGACCACACAAAUUAUGCAAGAAUGGCAUGUCAUCACAUAUACCAGAUAAGUCAAUUGAAUAAACAUUUAUUACAACAAUUAGAAGAUAACUGGACUGUUACAAUGAGUGGAAAACCAUUUACCAGUGUAGCUUGCGAUUAUGCAAUAGAAAGUACACAAAACAGAGAUUUUAAAGGACCAGCUGGUUUAACAGGUUAUAUGGACUGUGACUUAAGAAUGGCGUGGGCUCUAUCUUCAUCAUGGUGUGCUGAGAUCAAAUUAGUCGUGGAUCAGCUCGUUAAUGUUAAACAUUCUAACACGCCGCAUGUACAAGCUACACCAAUACGAAUACUGACAGAUAAUAAUGAUAUAAAUGCAAUUUUAGCAGUGUUAAAAACCGAUAAUCCAUUUGAAUCAUCCAGAAAAAAAGAAUUACAUAAAUUGUUAAGUGGUGUGCAAAUUCAAAGUGAUAUUGUGAUAGAUUUAUGCAAUGCAUCAAGUGAACUUAUUAAAAUCGCUAAUGAAUUUAUUCAAACAAAUAUCAUUAGUAAAGAUUCAUCCGCUUUUACAACGAUUAAAAAAAAUAAUAUACGAUUAUUAAGUUCAUCAUCAUCGCCGGCAAAAACAAUAACAAAUAGUAGCAAUAGUGAAAAAUUCUUUAAAUUAUUGAUUUAUUGUCGUCCAUUUCGUUCAACAUCAAUUACAUCAUUGUUAAUAUUUAGUCAUGAAUUUGUAGUCCCUCCACCUGCAUUCGUAAAUCCAGAUGAUACGACAUUUCAACAAAAAUGUAGUAUUUUACCAUUUAUUCAACAAAAUUUUUCUAACAUAAUUACAAGUUCGAUCAGAGAUCAAUCGUUAGUUCUUAUAUUAGAUGGUGAGCACCAUCGUCGAGAUACGUAUCAGGGUUAUGCAUUAACAAUGUUUAAUGAAAAAAUUCAACCAUUACUGCAAAAUCAUCAUCGCAUAGAUGUAAUUUUUUCCUCAACAGAUGAUUUUUGUUUACAGAACAUCGUUAAUGAAGAUGCUGAUAAGUUAACAAUUAAUCAGUUGAAACCAAACUUUAUUAUGCCCAAGCAGUCAGAAUGGGAUAAAAUAAUUGAAAAUAACAAAACGGUUGUUGCACAAUGUUUGAUUGAUAUAUGGAAAUCAGCCAAUAUUAGUAUUCCAAAUGGAAAACUAAUUAUUAUAUCAUGUCCUGAUAAACGCUUACUACUAUUAUCACCACAAUACGGAAGCUCAUUUGUGAAUAACU